GUGAUUUAUUAAUAAAUGCACAUUUUGAAUAAGAUACAGAACCUUAGAGGGACUUCAAACUCCGCAGCAGGAGAUUAGUAGCAUCUCCAGCCUCUCUCCACUGGAUCUCAGGAGCAUCUCCCCAGGCACGACAACCAAAAAUGUCUCUAGACAUUGCCAAAUGUCCCCUGGGGGGCAAAAGAGCCAUUAGUUCAGAACCCCUGGUAUAUGUAAAAGAAAUCACUUCUGCAGGUGGAUAAGAAUUCUAAAGUUCACAACUGAAGUUUUCUUUUUGUAUUCCUUCUUCAAUGGUUCUUAACCUUACUUGGGUCAAGCAAACUUUGGCAGAUCUGUUGAAAGCUGUUGACUCCCUCAAUCCUCAGAAAAAUGCACGUGCUUACACUGUGUCAAACAUCACUUCAGGCAAUUCACGCUAGGGUUCUCCUGUGAGGAGUUCUGUGUCCUGGAGCUUACAGAAUUGUCGUGGUCUGUAUUUUCCAGCUGGGUGGGCGACCGAAGACUGGUGUCCAGAAAGUCUGUAUUUUGGAGUCUCUUCUGCUUUUACUUCAGAACACUGACAAUCAGGCAAGAAUCUUCCCAUUUACCAAACUCUCACUCCUUUCGUCUUAUCCUGCAUUAGUAGUCAGUUUUAGCAAGAUUCAUCCUAGCAGAAGCCAAAACUCUGAUGAGGUAGGAUAGAUCCAACUCCCCCUCACUCCCUUCUAGCCCUGAUUGCUGCCUAGCCCAGCUUAUUCCCUCCUUGACUGUCCAGAUGAGUGAGAAGAAUGAUGGAAAGAAUCAGAGUGUCGGUCAGGUAAGAAAGGGGGCCACAUGGAUGCUUGAUUUUGAUUGUGAAAUACAAUACACACACACACACACACACACACAGAAAAGUGCAUAGACUAUGUACCUAAAACUUAGGAAUAAAUUAUAAACUCUCUGUAACCACCACCCACUGGGUACGUCUAAAGAAAGAAUUUCUAGAAAUCCAAAGCCAUAUUAAACACAAAACUGGCCUCUGCUCCUUUCCUGCUCCCCACCUGGUGUGAGAGCUGUGUGCCAGACCUUGGCGCUUCCUAGCUCACACAGCCUACGAGUCAAGGUCAGCGCUCCCAGCAAUCGCUGACCUCUUCUUCCAGCCGGGCUCUGCUCUCUGUAGCAAACUCCCCAGGGGCUGUCUCGCCCCGGACCUCGCAGCCCGCCUCGGUAAUUAGGGGGUGAGGGAGGAUCCGGGCGGCCCCUGAGCGACAGCAGGUAAGCUUCUCAGCCAGUCUGGUUCGAGAACAGGAAAGAAUGCGGGAGGGGUAGGAUUUCUUUCCUGGUAGGAUACGUGGGGAAAGACUGGGGCCUGUGUGUCCCUCUUUUCGACCAGGGUGUCUCUGUUGCUCCAUAAAUAAAACGUCUCCCUGCCUUCUGCGAGCGCUAUAAAGGCAGCGGGACGGCCAUCCCGGGGGCAUUCCGGGCGGGGCACGAGCCGAAACAGGUCAUGGCAGCGCCGGGCGCCAGGUCGGAGCCGCCGCCGCUCCCCGAGUACAGCUGCAGCUACGUGGUGUCGCGGCCGGUCUACAGCGAGCUCGCCUUUCAGCAGCAGCACGAGCGGCGCCCGCAGGAGCGCGCGACGCUGCGGGAGAGCCUGGCCAGGGGCUGCAGUUGUUCAAGAAAGAGAACCCUUGGGGUGCUGAAGACACUCCUGCCCAUCUUGGACUGGCUCCCCACAUACCGGAUCAAGGAAUGGCUGCUUAGUGACAUCAUCUCAGGAGUCAGUACUGGGCUGGUGGGCACGCUGCAAGGCAUGGCGUACGCUCUGCUUGCUGCGGUUCCUGUUGGAUACGGUCUCUACUCCGCCUUUUUUCCCAUCCUGACGUACUUUAUCUUUGGAACAUCAAGACACAUCUCAGUUGGACCUUUCCCAGUGGUCAGUUUAAUGGUGGGAUCUGUUGUUCUGAGCAUGGCCCCCGACGAACACUUUCUCGUAUCCAGCAGUAACGGAACUGCAUUAAAUACAACCGUGAUAGACUCUGCAGCUAGAGAUGCAGCAAGAGUAUUGAUUGCGAGCUCCCUUACUCUUUUGGUUGGAAUCAUACAGUUGAUAUUUGGAGGUUUACAGAUUGGCUUCAUCGUGAGGUACUUGGCAGAUCCUUUGGUUGGCGGAUUUACAACAGCUGCGGCCUUCCAAGUGUUGGUCUCACAGCUAAAGAUCGUCCUCAAUGUUUCAACCAAAAACUAUAACGGAGUCCUCUCCAUUAUCUAUACUCUGAUUGAGAUUUUUCAAAAUAUUGGUAGCACCAAUCUUGCUGAUUUCAUUGCUGGAUUACUCACCAUUAUCAUCUGUAUGGCAGUUAAGGAAGUAAAUGAUCGAUUUAAACACAAAAUCCCAGUCCCUAUUCCUAUAGAAGUAAUCGUGACAAUAAUUGCUACUGGCAUUUCAUAUGGAGUCAACCUGGAAAAACAUUACAAUGCUGGCAUUGUUAAAUCCAUCCCUAGGGGGUUUUUGCCUCCUGUCCUUCCACCUGUGAGCUUGUUUUCUCAGAUGCUGGCUGCAUCAUUUUCCAUUGCGGUGGUGGCUUAUGCUAUUGCGGUGUCUGUAGGAAAAGUCUAUGCCGUCAAGUAUGAUUACACCAUCGACGGGAACCAGGAAUUCGUUGCCUUUGGGAUCAGCAACAUCUUCUCGGGAUUCUUCUCUUGUUUUGUGGCCACCACUGCCCUGUCCCGCACUGCUGUCCAGGAGAGCACUGGGGGAAAGACACAGAUUGCUGGCAUCAUCUCAGCUGGGAUAGUGAUGGUCGCCAUUGUUGCCCUGGGGAAGCUGCUGGAACCCUUGCAGAAGUCGGUCUUGGCAGCUGUUGUAAUUGCCAACCUGAAAGGGAUGUUUAUGCAGGUGUGUGACGUUCCUCGUCUGUGGAGGCAGAAUAAGACUGACGCUGUUAUCUGGGUGUUUACGUGCGUAGCAUCCAUCAUUCUGGGGCUGGACCUUGGUUUACUAGCUGGCCUUGUAUUUGGAUUACUGACCGUGGUCCUGAGAAUUCAGUUUCCUUCAUGGAGUAGCCUUGGAAUCAUCCCCACCACAGACAUCUACAAAAGUACCAAGAAUUACAAAAAUGUUGAAGAACCUGAAGGAGUGAAGAUUCUUAGAUUCUCUAGUCCUAUUUUUUACGGCAACGUUGAUGGUUUUAAAAAAUGUAUCAAGUCCACAGUUGGAUUUGAUGCCAUUAGAGUGUAUAACAAGAGGAUGAAAGCAUUGAGGAAAAUACGGAAACUCAUCCAAAAAGGGCAAUUAAGAGCAACAAAGAAUGGCAUUAUAAGCAAUGCUGGUUCAGCAAAUAGUGCUUUCGAGCCUGAUGAAGAUAUUGGAGAUCCAGAGGAACUUGAUGUCCCAACCAAAGAAAUUGAGAUUCGAGUGGAUUGGAACUCUGAGCUUCCUGUCAAAGUGAAUGUUCCCAAAGUGCCAAUCCAUAGCCUCGUGCUUGAUUGUGGAGCCAUCUCUUUCUUGGAUGUUGUUGGCGUGAGAUCGUUGAGAGUGGUUGUCAAAGAAUUCCAAAGAAUUGAUGUAAAUGUGUACUUUGCGUCACUUCAAGAUCAUGUGAUAGAAAAGCUGGAGAAAUGUGGUUUCUUUAGUGAUAACAUUAGAAAGGACAUAUUCUUUUUGACUGUCCACGAUGCUGUCCUCCAUCUACAGAACCAGGUGAAAUCGCGAGAGGGUCAAGAUUCCAUUUUAGAAAUGAUCACGCUUAUCCAAGACUGUAAAGAUCCUCUUGAAUUAAUGGAAGCAGAGCUGAUUGAAGAAGAACUUGAUGUCCAGAAUGAGGCUAUGCGUAGACUUGCUUCCUGAAACUGGGCUCAGAAGGUCGCCGUGAGCAAGGACUGCAAGGAAAAUCUAGCCACCAGUGGAAUUCUAUGCAAACAUUUUCUGCCUUGAUUAUUUCUUUGGACUUGAAACACUCACUCUUUUUCUAUUGGAUUUUUAAAAAUCUUUACUUUUUUAACCUCUUAGCCAUUGAAAGAGAAGCACUAAGAUUGUUUCUAGGCUUUAUUUAUAAAAUAAAUAGCUUACCUCUGAGAUGUGCAAAAUGAGAAUUAUCCAGGCGACUGAGCCAUGUCCAGCAUCUGCUAAUGUGAUGCUCUGUUCCUCCAAGACAGAUGUGUUAACAGUGCUCACAUGGGUACUGCUGCCUCCGUUCAGCUGGGGUAAGUGUGACCCAACAGCCUCCGUGGGCAGGAAUGAUUAUCCUAAAGAAAAAUCCAUUUCGGACUGGCCUUGAUACCCACCAGCUGCACUGAGCACAGUGUAAGGUCACAUUGAGUUAAUGCUGAAAUACGAUUGUUAAUGCAUUUACCAAUAAAUGCCUUCAAAAAUCACUUUUGGUAAAUACAUCAAAAAAGCUUUUAAAAUGCAAAUUUAGUUAGUACUUAAUAAGGAAUGUUAUUAUAUGUAACCGGAGUGCAGAAUCAAAAAAACGGUUCACUUAAAAGCUACAGAACUGGGCGGAUAUGUUUUAGAAACACUGAUUCAGGGAAGUGAAGCAAUAAUAAGAUUAUCGUGGCUUAUAGAAAUAAUUUUUCAAUAAGAUAAUCAUGGAUCACAAUUAAGAUCAAAUAAAAUAUAUGACAGACUAUCUCUAGCUUAAAAAUUCAGUUUUAAUUUAUCUUAGUUUAUAGAAAUGAUCAUUGUGUAGAGAUAUAUUUAAGUACGGUCUAUUUAAAAUCUAACACGAAAAUUGUGUUAUUUUGAACAAAAAACAACUCUGAUAUGUUUAUGAAACUGUGGUGAUUAAAACGAGUUUAUAUUUUUCUCUAAAA